CGCUGUUGCGUAUUGGGCCGGGUUGCCCCUUCCACCUCUCGCUCAAGCCGCGCGUCCGCCGCUGGGGAGAAGAACAAGAACUGCUCGGAGGCUUCCUCACCCCCCGAGGAGCUCCGGCCGGCGAGAAGCCGGGGGAAAUCCGAUCAGUGUUGGAAUUCGACGUCCUGUACCAUGGCUUCUUUGCUUUGUUCACAGAUAAAACUAAACAGAGCAUAUGUUAGGAGGCAGGUCCAUGAGAAUAGACUUACGAGAUUGCCCAGGUCGCUUCAUUGGAGCCCCUUGCAGUCAGGCCAUUUUAAAAACAUUGCAUUGCGAUGCACUAAGAAUUUGCCUUGGGAGGCCUCUCUUCCGUAUGCUUCUGCAGAGGACGAUGCCAGCAUUAUCAUGGGAACAAAUGUUGUUGAAGCUAUUGAUACAGAAGAAGCUCCAGAAAUUCCAAUCCUCCAGAGUGAUCAGGAUGUUGUGGACGUGCAGAAUGAACCUUCUAGGCAGCUAGCAACAUUUAAACUGCCAAUGUGGCUGUUAGGGCCUUCGGUUCUGUUGGUUACCGGUAUAGUUCCAACUUUGUGGCUGCCAUUGCCUUCAGUGUUCCUUGGCCCUAACAUCGCUGGCCUUUUAUCCCUAGUGGGACUCGACUGCAUCUUUAACAUGGGAGCAAUGCUGUUUUUCCUUAUGGCCGACGCGUGUGGGCGUCCGGAGAACAAUUCAUUCGACCUGACAAGGCAGAUCCCAACUUCUUACAGAAUGUGGAAUCUAAUUGCCAGCAUAUUGGGCUUCGUUGCUCCUUUGGCCCUGCUUUUCGCGUCUCACCGGGGAGCUCUGCAGCCGCAUCUACCAUUCAUCCCGUUCUUGGUGCUGCUUGGGCCAUAUCUAUUACUACUUGCAGUGCAGAUGCUGACCGAGACGCUUACAUGGCACUGGAAAUCGCCGGUUUGGUUGGUGGCCCCAGUCGUUUACGAGGGCUACCGGGUGCUACAGCUGAUGAGGGGCCUCCAGUUGGCCGGCGAGAUCGCUGCCCCUGGGUGGAUGGUGCAGAGUCUCCGUGGCUUGGUGACCUGGUGGGUGCUGGUCCUUGGAAUUCAGUUGAUGCGCGUUGCUUGGUUUGCUGGGCUCAAUUUCGCAAGUAAUCCAAGCUAUGGGUCGAGCGAUGAUGUGAACAAGUAGGUUCCUUUGUGCUACUCUGCUUCUGCUCACUGCACAAUAGAAUGGGUGUCAUGCUAGUUCUGGUGCAUUUGUAUUUGUCAGAUGUAGUGCAUAUAGAAUAAAAAUGGUGUUUGACUGAUAGAAACUUUGAAUCCUGCGACUGCUGUAGUAUACAUAUAAAAUGAAAAUUGUACAUUGGCGUGAUGCUGAACAGUGGAAUAUGGGUGUAAGAACUACUUUACUUGAAUAGUAGAAUAUUCCUCCAUUCA